GUCUUUUUCUUUUUUUUUUGCCUUAUUCUUACUCAUGAUGUCCUUCCCAACAGAAAUUCUAAGGGAAGUAGGGCCUUAUUUAUCCACAGCAGAUAAAGCUUCAUGUAUACGAGUGUGUUAUUCGUGGUACAGCUACUUUUUGGAAUUACUCUAUAACAAAGUACGCAUCAGAUCUCGACAUCAAUUUCGACUAUUCUUUCGCACCAUUCAAGAGUCUUCAAGCAUUAGCGAUCCUCUAGGCGAUCAUGUGAAAGAACUCUUGUUUGACUAUGAUUCAUUAGACGAUGAUUCCAAAUUUGUAGGCAUUACACGAGACGAAUUAGAAUGUUUUCCCAUGUACUUUAGACAGCUACAGCUACUAGAAUUCGAUCCUAGAUUAUGGAAAUACAUGCGUUGUUCUGAACUAUAUAGACAAUUUAAAGCAAUUCAACAUGUUCCAACUUUAAACCGUAUACCAUUCUUUCAGCUUAUUAUAGACAACUUUGGCUCACAAUUAACUUAUUUAUCCAUUAGUGACGAAGUAUUCGAUCGAUUUGCCAGCACCGAUCUUCUCACCUCUCUUUGGCCCCGUGUGCCCAGGGUAGAGAAACUUGUCUUGAAAGGGAAAAACCAUGUACUGUUGGAUACAAAGAUGCUUAUUGCGAUUGGAGCACAGUUACCACGUCUGAAGCACCUUGUCUUGAGCUGCAUAACGUUACGAUUGGAUGAGCGAGACAUGACUUCGUUCACUCGAUUCCCCUUGUAUAAUGCGGCCUUAUCACUCACUCUGGAUGACGUACAUAUCAGCAACUGGAGAAUGUUGACCUUCCUUAGCUUAGCAUUCUACCAUGUCAACACAUUCGAAUUUGAUAUGACAUUUGACUGGCUUUAUAAUGACGAUGUGACGAUCGAAACGUAUGAGGAGUCGAUCAAUGCAUGCAUGAGCUUUGCUCAACUCAGCAAUUCACUGAAAAGGGUCAAAUUUGGCAAAAUCAAUACAUCUGUAUUUCCAUUCCCAUACGAAGCAUUUUUUCAAGAGCUCCUGACGACAGGACAAGAAGACGUUUGUGUAGAAAUGACUGAACAAGCGUGGUGGUCGACUAUUGAUCCUAGUUCUUGUUUCAAGGCAGCCGUCACACUCACCGGAUUACUCUCCAAGACGAGCUUAAAGUGGUCAUGGACAGGGAAAAAGAAAGAUGUGUCACUGUUUAAAAGCCUUGGUGCUUGUCGACACCUGACAGAGCUUCAUCUGGAUUGUGAUGUGCCUCUACGGAAUGGUCUGCGGCUGGAUCUACUGUUGGAACACUGUCAGCAUCUUGAGAAUCUUCAUAUAUCCCACACAUUGGUAACAGUAGAUAGUAUAGUAGAUGAAACACCAAAAAGAAAGCAUCGACUGAAAAAGUUGGAAUUGAAGGAAAUUGUCUUGGCAGAUCAUCUCAUGGAUUAUGUAGCGGAUAUGUGUCCAAAGUUAGACACGUUAUGGUUAAAGGACUGUGUACAAGAGAAGCCAAAGAAGUCGUCGUUUAUCGUGAUUCGACUCCCAGAUCAUGAUUUUAAAUCUAUAAAACUGAAUUCAUUACAUCUCAACCCAGGAGGGCCCAUCAACAAAUGUGAGGCGAGUAUGACAAUACUAUCGUUUUAUGAGUCAACACGUUAUGCAAACCAAAGUAAAAGAAGGUUAUCAAGGCGUCGACAAUGGAUGAACAACCAUAUCAGUAAUGUUAACACGGACAGUAAUAAUAACAUCAAUAGAAGCAAUAUACCACCAGCAGAGAUGUGGAGAUUUUACCAUGUACAUAAACCUGAUGAUUGUAAAAGAGAAGGGCAUAUUAAUAAGCAACUAAGGAGGCUCAGUACAGAAGAAACGGCCAUCAUUGCCAAUUUUAAAAUGAAUGAUAAAAAAUGGAAGGCGAUAAGAAAUAGUAGUAAACGUAAACAAUAUCAAGAAAGAGGUUUGUGGGAAAGAGAUAUUCAGUUUGGAGCUGUAUUACUACUUUGUCAAUCAGUAAAAGAACUGGAGUUUAAUGAACUAAGAGUUUAAACAAAUAAAAAAGUGUCUUAAAAAGUCACACGCAUAAGUGU